AAAAGACUACAUAAACACACACGGCAGUGCACAGGUUAAGAACUACACACUGUAUUUAUCCUGUGAUGUGAUUGGUUGAGAGGGCGGGACUUCCGACGGCGCAGGUUGGACAUAAAGUGACAGACUUCACCUCCUUAAAAUUGGAAGAAAAACCGAAGGACGACGCGUUACAAGUUUUAACACAUUUGUAAUGAUUUUCAGACAUGGACGACAUAAACCUUCAUUAUCGCUUUCUGAACUGGAGGAGGCGAAUUCGAGAAAUUCGUGAAGUGCGAGCGGUGCGAUACCGGGAGAGGCUUAAAAAGAUGCUGAGAGACGGAGACAUACUCAGGUAUCAUGGGAAUUCAGAUGAAGUUGGCUGUUUUGUGGCGGCCAGGCCAUUGUCGCGAAGGAAUCGCUAUUUUGAAGUGACCAUCAUCGAUACAGGAGUGAGGGGAAUGAUCGCUGUUGGUUUGGUGCCGCAGCUCUACAAGCUGGACCAUCAGCCGGGCUGGCUCCCGCACUCUGUGGCUUUUCAUGCUGAUGAUGGCAAGCUGUAUAAUGGCAACACCGUAGGACAGCAGUUUGGUCCAAAAUGCUGCAGAGGUGACAGAAUCGGCUGUGGAGUAUCUCUGGACUCUGAUGAUGGACAGCUAACUGUGUUUUUCACCAAGAACGGCAAAGAAGUCGGCAGUGUGGAAAUCCCAGAAUCUCCUGAGGCUUUUUACCCCGCCGUGGGAAUGCACUCCUUGGGGGAAGAAGUGCUGCUGGACCUGAACGCUGAAUGGGGGAUGGAGGAGGAUGAUGGACAGAUGAUUGUGGAUAGUCAUGAAGAGGACUGGAGCCGUCUCCAUGACGUCAAGGUGACCGGCACGCUGCUGGAGUACGUCGGUAAAGGGAAGAGCAUCGUGGACGUGGGCUUGGCUCAGGCCCGUCGGCCUCUCAACACACGCUUCCACUACUAUGAGCUGGAGAUCACAGAUGCUGGAGAGAAGUGUUACAUCGCCCUGGGGCUGGCACGGAGGGACUACCCCAAAAACAGACAUCCAGGUUGGAGCAGAGGCUCUAUAGCUUAUCAUGCAGAUGAUGGAAAGUUGUUCCAGGGCAGCGGAGUCGGCGACGCGUUUGGGCCGCGCUGCUUUGAAGGAGACAUUAUGGGCUGCGGGAUCAUGUUUCCACGCGACUACAGCCUUGAUGGUGGAGAUGACGUAGAUGAUUGGGACAUCGAUGUGAUUCCAAAACCCAGUGAAGUUCAGAAUGAUUUGUAUGCAAGCAAUGAAGAGGAGGAGGACGAGGGAGAAGAUUCGGAGGGGAGGAAAGUCGCGGUGUUCUUCACCAGAAAUGGAAAGGUGGUGGGCCGGAGGGAAGUGGCCUUGCCUGUUGGAGGCUUGUACCCCACUAUUGGCAUGAUGAGCACUGGGGAGAAGGUCAAAGUGGACCUGCACCCCCUCAGUGGCUGAGUAGAGUGGAGGAAAACUGAGUGGAGAAGUCAGAGCACGGACGAAUGAUUGAGCUCUGGUACAUUUUUGGAGAUCAGAUAAUAAGUAAUACCUCCACAUCAGAAGUCUCCAAGGUGUUACUUGAAGAGUCACUCCAGUGUAGAAGGCGACUGUGGCUCAUGCUGUACAAAUGAUCAAAAUAAUGUAUGUUAAUAUCACAUGCCUCAAAGAAAGUGCUUUAUAAUUUAAUGUUUUUACAGAAGAUCGUUAAACCAGAGAUUUGUAUAGGUGAAACACUAUUUUUGACAAUUUCAUCACAGAGUGAAGCUCAUAAAAUGCCAAAAAAAAAAAGGGUAUGACCAGAAUAAUAAUGAAUGUAAAGAUCCAAUCAGACCCCAGCAAACAAGUGGACCCUCUUAUCAGACGUAGAUCUGUAGCACCACCUCUCACUGCUCACUACCGGAGGGCUGCUGUACUUCCUAUCGAUGGUGUGUUACUGACACUCAGUGGUGAGAGUGAGAAAUUCAAAAUGAUGCUCAGAAAGUCCAAACUAAAAGAAAGUGCACUGAAUGAAGUGAUUUCACUCUAAAUGAGCUGCUUUACGAGUGUGGUUCAGUACAAGUGCUUGUUCUGACGUGGACUCAUUACGGCAUGCUUUGUGCAGGCCACAUGCAUUAGGAAUUAUGGGAUGAUUAAAUGUAAGAACAAUUUUUAGAAGUCAAACCAUUGGAUUGUUAUGUCGGGGUACGCAGUUUUAAAAGCUAAAUUCCAAAUUAAGCUUGGUUUUUAUAUCAUGACUCGCUGUUGUCUUUUUUUAACAUAUGAUUUUAGGUGUCGACAAUGUGCUGUUAUUAAAAACAUGUGCAAAGGAAACAUUUGUGUCUAAAAGAUGCGACUUUGAACCAAAAUCAUGUCCGAAGAAGAACCCCAAACGUUAAGUUAACGAAAGUAAUGCCAAACUCAGCGGAGCCUUUUUUUUUAUGUACACUUGAACUUCAUCAAGAGGUUUUAUAGAUGAAACGAACUCCCAACGUCUCAAAAUGUAAAAACGUGAAGAGCAACUCUGUUGAGUAUUAAACCCCGUCAGGAAUAAUUAAGGACUAAACAUGGUAUCGUAGUUCAUUUCGUAGUUCAACGUUUAAAUAUCUUACAAAAGAUCUGAAUGUUGAAAAUGAAGCCAUACUGUAACUAAUAUUUGCUGCUCUCAGGUAUAUUUGAACAUCUAAAUUAAACACCGUGUCUUUUCUAUGAGUGUUUCUGUGGUGUUGCUGUAUGACAAACCUGUAAUGCAAAAAACAAAGGUAAAGUUUUCUCUGCAUAUUUCUUUGCUACAAGUUGUGAAUAGGAUGAUAAUUGUAACUGCAACUUUGAGAUGAUUUACUUACUGUUAUUGUUUUCAUUAAAAGAAAUCUGAUAUAAGAACUUCUUCAGGCUUUACAACCAGCCUGCUUUUAAACAUUACACCUAACGAGCAAAGUGCCUCUGUGACCCUUACUGAAUCAUGUUGAGAAUAUCCCAUUUAUUGAUCCAUGUUGGACUCCAAAUCUUUCUGGGAUAUUCAUUUGAGUAAGGAACUGUUGCAUCCAUGAAGUGUCCCCCCUGGUCAGCGUAACAUUUUUAAGGCUGGCGUUCAUGUGAUGCCCAAAUGCUGCUAAUUGUGUCCCGAGGAAACGUAUCAGCCUGUACUGUAGACGGGGUGUUUUCACUUUUAACUGUCAUCGUCCAGUUUUGUGUUCGUGAUCAUCUUGGUUCACAGGAGCUAAUGAUGGUCUUCUGCUGCUGUUGGCCGUCUUCCACGCACUUUUAAUAUUUAGCUCUGUAAUUAAUCAUGAAUGAAGUUUAACAUCAGCCUCUCUUAAUCCAGCCCUUGUGUACAUCCUGUCAUGUAUGUUUUUAUUUCCUCUUGACUUUUCUCUUGUUCCCUCUGUUGUUUUUUACUUAAAGCAAUCGGGUAAAUGCCAAAAAUCAUAAUCAAAUAAAAAGAAUAUUUACACCCUG